AGUGACUGUCAGCGAGUCUUCCCACAUCCUCUCAAGCUGCGUCAUGCUUGGUCUCCUGCGCCCCCUGUUGGCCGCCUGCCUGCUCCUACAAUUACUACCUGCCUCGUGGUGCAGGAUGCCUGAAUACAACAAUGGAUUCUACUACCAUGACGUCAGCAAUGGCAACGGCAAUGGAGAGAUCUACUUCAACGGUGUGCGUCUGCAUGUGGAGUCCCCGCAGCCAUCAGUGUCAGCCACCAGGGGGAGCAGCGUCACGCUCCCGUGCCACUUCCACUACGAGCCUGAGCUCAGCGCCCCCCGCAGGACACGGGUCAAGUGGUCAUGGUUGCCCGCCCACGCCGCCGCCGCUGCACCCGCUGCCCCGCCCGUCGCCGCCGCCUUCACCAUGGAGACGGAGGUGAUGGUUGCCAUGGGUAACCGUCACCGCAGUUAUGGCAGCUUCCGGGGCCGUGUGCGCCUGCGACGCUCGGCGCCGGGCGACAUGUCGCUGGUCAUCAACGAGCUGCGCCUCAACGACACGGGCCGAUACCGAUGUGAGGUGAUUGACGGCCUGGAGGACGAGAGCAUCACCGUGGAGCUGGAGCUGCGAGGUGUGGUGUUUCCCUACUUCUCCGACAAAGGACGCUACCAGUUCAACUUCCUGGAGGCACAGCGGGCGUGCCAGGACCAGGACGCCGCGCUGGCCACUUUUGAGCAGCUGUUCACAGCGUGGGACGAGGGCCUGGACUGGUGCAACGCCGGCUGGCUGGCCGACGGCACCGUGCAGUAUCCCAUCACGGCGCCACGCGACGGAUGCGGGGGCUCGGACUUGGCGCCCGGCCUGCGCAGCUACGGUCCACGCCACCGCCUCCUGCACCGCUUUGAUGCCUUCUGCUUCUCCGCCUCCGUCAAAGGGACAGUCUACUUCCUGCAGAACCCGUCCAAGCUCAACUUUACAGAAGCGGUCCAGGCAUGCGCCAGAGCCUCCAGUCGUGUGGCCAAAGUGGGCCAGCUGUACGCCGCCUGGAGGCUCACAGGAUUGGACCGCUGUGACGCCGGGUGGCUGGCCGACGGCAGCGUCCGCUACCCCAUCACCAAGGCCCGGGCUAACUGCGGACCACCGGAACCUGGGGUGCGGAGCUUUGGGUUCCCCCCACAGCACCAGAAGUUUGGUGUCUUCUGUUAUCGGUAGAGGCUCAGUUAGCAUUAGCUUUAGCCUGCUGGCAAAUGGGCUUUACUGGGUCCAUUGCUCUCCUCAUCCACCCACAACUAACUGUGACCACUCAGUAACGCCCCUUUUCCACUGCACGGUACCAGCUUGACUUGACUCAACUCGCUUUGGGCUAGUCCACAUUAAAAUACUUAUUUGAAGCCGUGAAAACCCAGAAGCAGGCAUGCUAACAAAUAACAACAAUGGAAGAGGACAUUUUAUCCGUGAGGAGACAGCACCCAAGCGGAGCGCUGCGGCAAAAUGGAGACUGUGGAGUUUAAUACUGCACAGCAACAGGGUAAGCUAAUGUUAGCAUUUGUUUCCAUCCUCAAACGUUCGCAAGAAAUAGCAAGUAUAAGAAAUAGUACUAGUAUUAGUACCAGUAGUGAGUAGAGCCGGGUGCCAUGUGCUGGAAAAGGGAAUUAGACCACAGCAGGGCAAAAUGGACUUUUUCCACUUCCUGAAGUGAGAAGGGACAUUGCUGUAGCGCUGUACUGCAAACUAGGGCUUUAUGUCAGUAUUACAGUUGUACAUAACUAAGUGUACGUCUCCAAAGGGCUCCUGUCAACAUUGUAUGCCAUUGUCCUUGUUUAUGUGUCCAAUGCCACGACGCAUGCAUCUUUUACUUUUUUUUAUACACUGCAUAGUAUAUGUAAUGUAUCUUCGUGCAUUUUUUAAAAUCAUUUUAUACAAGUCAUUAAAAUUGCUGCUGUUUAUGUA